UCCCCUUCAAUUUGCCAUGAUCGUCGCGACCGGGAGCCAGGUGAUUAUCCUAAUUAAUGUCUAUCUAAUUAAAUUACUGUCAGCAGUUAACCAAUGGCAGGAGCCGUUUCAUCGGCUGCACAAGCAGCAAGAUCAAAAGUGAGCCUUUUCUGAUUGCUGCAUAGUGUCAAUUGGCCAAUCUCUUCUCCCAGGGAAAAAAAAAAGUAAAUCAAACCUUUGAGAAGCAUUUGCUGGUUGAAGUGCUUUCUGUCUAGUGAGGGGGUCUGUGGAUUUCUAGUUUAUGAUAAAUAGGACUUUAAAAACCAGGGACAGGAGGGCGAGUGUUCAGGUUCUAGAGCUAUGCAGCUGGAGCACUGCCUUUCUCCUUCUAUCAUGCUCUCCAAGAAAUUUCUCAAUGUGAGCAGCAGCUACCCACAUUCAGGCGGAUCUGAGCUUGUCUUGCACGAUCAUCCCAUUAUCUCGACCACUGACAACCUGGAGAGAAGUUCACCUUUGAAAAAAAUUACCAGGGGGAUGACGAAUCAGUCAGAUACAGACAAUUUUCCUGACUCCAAGGACUCACCAGGGGACGUCCAGAGAAGUAAACUCUCUCCUGUCUUGGACGGGGUCUCUGAGCUUCGUCACAGUUUCGAUGGCUCUGCUGCAGAUCGCUACCUCCUCUCUCAGUCCAGCCAGCCACAGUCUGCGGCCACUGCUCCCAGUGCCAUGUUCCCGUACCCCGGCCAGCACGGACCGGCGCACCCCGCCUUCUCCAUCGGCAGCCCCAGUCGCUACAUGGCCCACCACCCGGUCAUCACCAACGGAGCCUACAACAGCCUCCUGUCCAACUCCUCACCGCAGGGCUACCCCGCGGCCGGCUACCCCUACCCACAGCAGUACGGCCACUCCUACCAAGGAGCCCCGUUCUACCAAUUCUCCUCCACACAACCCGGGCUGGUGCCCGGGAAAGCGCAGGUAUACCUGUGCAACAGGCCUCUUUGGCUGAAAUUUCACCGGCAUCAAACGGAGAUGAUCAUCACCAAACAGGGAAGGCGCAUGUUUCCUUUUUUAAGUUUUAACAUUUCUGGUCUCGAUCCCACGGCUCAUUACAAUAUUUUUGUGGAUGUGAUUUUGGCGGAUCCCAAUCACUGGAGGUUUCAAGGAGGCAAAUGGGUUCCUUGCGGCAAAGCGGACACCAAUGUGCAAGGAAAUCGAGUCUAUAUGCAUCCGGAUUCCCCCAACACGGGGGCUCACUGGAUGCGCCAAGAAAUCUCUUUUGGAAAAUUAAAACUUACAAACAACAAAGGAGCUUCAAACAACAAUGGGCAGAUGGUGGUUUUACAGUCCUUGCACAAGUACCAGCCCCGCCUGCAUGUGGUGGAAGUGAACGAGGACGGCACGGAGGACACCAGCCAGCCAGGCCGCGUGCAGACAUUCACUUUCCCCGAGACUCAGUUCAUCGCCGUCACCGCCUACCAGAACACCGAUAUUACACAACUGAAAAUAGACCACAACCCCUUCGCUAAAGGAUUUCGGGAUAAUUACGACACGAUCUACACCGGCUGCGACAUGGACCGCCUGACCCCCUCGCCCAACGACUCCCCGCGCUCGCAGAUCGUGCCCGGGGCCCGCUACGCCAUGGCCGGCUCGUUCCUCCAGGACCAGUUCGUGAGCAACUACGCCAAGGCCCGUUUCCACCCGGGCGCGGGCGCGGGCCCCGGGCCGGGCACGGACCGCAGCGUGCCUCACACCAACGGGCUGCUGUCGCCGCAGCAGGCCGAGGACCCGGGCGCGCCGUCGCCGCAGCGCUGGUUUGUGACGCCGGCCAACAACCGGCUGGACUUCGCCGCCUCGGCCUACGACACGGCCACGGACUUCGCGGGCAACGCGGCCACGCUGCUCUCGUACGCGGCGGCGGGCGUGAAGGCGCUGCCGCUGCAGGCCGCCGGCUGCACGGGCCGCCCGCUCGGCUACUACGCCGACCCGUCGGGCUGGGGCGCGCGCAGCCCCCCGCAGUACUGCGGCGCCAAGUCGGGCUCGGUGCUGCCCUGCUGGCCCAACAGCGCCGCGGCCGCUGCGCGCAUGGCCGGCGCCAACCCCUACCUGGGCGAGGAGGCCGAGGGCCUGGCCGCCGAGCGCUCGCCGCUGCCGCCCGGCGCCGCCGAGGACGCCAAGCCCAAGGACCUGUCCGACUCCAGCUGGAUCGAGACCCCCUCCUCCAUCAAGUCCAUCGACUCGAGCGACUCGGGGAUUUACGAGCAGGCCAAGCGGAGGCGGAUCUCGCCCGCCGACACGCCCGUGUCCGAGAGCUCGUCUCCGCUCAAGAGCGAGGUGCUGGCCCAGCGGGACUGCGAGAAGAACUGCGCCAAGGACAUAGGCGGCUACUACGGCUUCUACUCGCACAGCUAGGCCGGCCCUGCCCGCCGCGGCCCGGACCCCCGGCCGGCCCCUCCUAGCGCCUCCCCAGCUCCUCCUCCUCCUCACACCCCACCUCGCGCACCCCCGUUUCCUUUGACCCUCGACCACCGUCUGCAGCGAAUAAGUGCGGGUCUCCGAGUGUGAUUUUAACCUUUUUUUGCACAGCAGUUUCUGCAAUUAGCGCACCGACCUUCGACUUUGCUGUAAACCUUUGGGUUUUCCGACUUCUUCUCCUCUGUGAAGUUCCACUCUUCACAAACCUCCUCCCCCUCGUCUUUUUCUCACCCCCUCCUUCUCUUUCUUGUAAUGCAACUCUUCACCUUCAGGAGACCUGGGCCGUCCAGUCAGGCUGCAGCGAUUCCGACCCGACCAGUCUCGGCCUCCCGCUUAACCAUAGGAUGUUGACUCUAGAACCUGGACCCACCCAGCGCGUCCUUUCUUAUCCCCGAGUGGAUGGAUGGAUGGAUGGAUGGAUGGUAGGGAUGUUAAUAAUUUUAGUGGAACAAAGCCUGUGAAAUGAUUGUAUAUAGUGUUAAUUUACUGUAACGAAUGGCUAGUUUUUAUUCUCAUCGUCAAGGCACAAAACCAGUUCAUGCUGAACCUUUUCGUUCAUUUCUUUUCCUUUUUCUCCACUCUCCCUCCCCUUUAAAAAGUUUUCUUGUGAGAUAAUUAACAAUAGUCUAAGAGGCUCUGGAAACAUGAAAUACUUGAUAGAUAAUGAUGGGUUUCUCACUUCUCAAUCCGUUGCAUGAAAUAGUUACUCUUUUCCCUAAUGCACACAAAUAGCUAAGGAGAAGCCGACCAAACAAACACCUGUAAAGGAUAGGUGUCUGUUCAUAGGCAAGUCGAUUAAGUGGCAUGAAGCCUGCAAAGCAAAGUUAACUGGAGUUGUAUGUUUUUCCCCCUUUCCUUCUAAAUAGAAUAGUUCGACAUCAGCAAUAUUAUUUUGCCUUAUUUGUUUUUCCCCAAAGUGCCAAAUCCAUUACUGGUCUGUGCAGGUGCCAAAUAUGCUGAAAAACUGUUUCUGAAUAUCUUUUCAGUCCCCUCCUCUACCUUUAUAUGCUGUAAAUCUUUGUAAUGAAUAUUCUACUAAUGAUAUAGAUGACUGAAUUGUUGGUAACUAUAGUGUAGUCUAGUGAAGAUGAAUUGUGUGAGUUGUAUAUUUUACUGCAUUUUAGUUCUGAA